CCGGAGCCGCCGCGCUGCCGCGCCGCCGAGGCGCCCGCGCUGCCGCUCCACUCGCCGUGGACCUUCUGGCUCGACAAGUCACUUCCUGGUACUACAGCAGCUGAAUGUGCAUCAAAUUUGAAGAAGAUUUAUACAGUACACACAGUACAGAAUUUCUGGAGUGUCUACAACAACAUCCCUCCUGUGACAAAUUUGCCGCUGAGAUGUAGUUACCAUUUAAUGAGGGGAGAGAGACGGCCGCUUUGGGAAGAGGAAAGUAAUGCCAAAGGAGGUGUGUGGAAAAUGAAGGUCCCUAAGGAAAGUACGGCUGCAGUUUGGAAAGAACUACUGUUAGCAACUAUUGGAGAGCAGUUUACAGAUUGUUGUGCAGCAGAUGAUGAAGUAAUAGGGGUUAGCGUCAGUGUUCGUGACCGUGAAGAUGUUGUACAAGUCUGGAACGUGAACGCCUCUUUAGCAAGUGAAGCAAAAGUUUUAGAAAAGAUACAUAAACUUCUGCCCCACACAUCUUUUAAAGCAGUGUUUUAUAAACCACACAGAGAACAUCAUGCUUUUGAAGGCCGAUGUGGAAAACAUUAACUGCAGUCUGUACCAAGUUCAGUCUUUGUUAUUCAGUGUUUUGAAGUGCUCUGAACAUGGAGGAGGAUGGACAAAGCCCUGCAGGAGCACCACGUGCAGUGCCUUUUUGAAUUUUUACCAUUUCAGAUUGGGCUAUGGCUACUGAAAAUGAGGAAAAUGGAUGCCUUGAUUACUAAAUGUGCCAUUCAUUACUUUUUAUUUGGUUGUUUUUUUAGUUUCUUUAAAAUUUUUUAGGCACUUGUUUUUUGAUCAGAUUAUAUUUGUUCCUCUUUCAGUAAGAGAGAAAGCUUUCAUUUAUUUUGCACUGUACUUAGUUAAGUGCAAAUGCACACAAAUGUGGUAUACUGCUUUUUUCUAAAUGUGUUGUACAUAGAGGAAGACUGGCUUGAUGAAAUAUGUUUUCAAUCUUUGUUUUGAAACAUUCCUAUCAUGUUAAGAUUUACUCAUUGUCUUUAUCCCAAGAGAGAAAGAAAUUGCACUGCAUUAUUCUAAUAUACCAUGUAAUCUGGUCUUGCACUGGCAAUAGCACACAUACUGUAAGAGUAAAUAAUAAUCACUGAAUGAGAGACUAAAGAGAAAACAUUUAUUUUAGGACUAAACCUCUGUGAGAUGAUGUUAACUGUAGUAAUUUCAAAAAAAACACUUAUUCAGACUGAGAUAUCUUUCAGUAGGAAGCCCUACAAACUCUAUACCUCUCUUAUUUUAAGAGGGAAUGGUGUUUUUAAUGGUUUUAUGUUGUAUGCUUCCUUACGAUAUUUUUUUUGUACAUUCAUGAAAAAAGUGUCAUGAAUAGUCUCUAAUGCAUUUGACUAACUGGAUUAAUUCCUCACCCUUCUUAGAUUAGUUUAGGCCUAUGCCUGCAUCUCCAAAAGCUUCAGUAUCAGAACUGCUGUUGACUUCAGUGCAAAGGAAUAGGUCCCAUCAUGUGUAGUUUCAAGCAAUCGUGGCACCUUAAGUGAGCUUUUUUUUUCAUUUACAGAAAAUAAAUGAAUUUUGUUUUACAGUGUGCAUGUGAAUAUGAACCAUGCUAAUCCUUACAUAUUUAUCUGUGUUAAUUAUUUGCGGUGUCAAUUUGUUUUCCUAUAUUACCAAAGAUUGAUUUAGUUCCUUUCCCAAGAGUAAGCUACAAAGUAGAGAUGAGUGUACACUCCACUGAGCAUUACUUCAUUGUUAGGAGUUUUUAUUUGGCAACUGUUCAAAUUGCACUGAUUUCCACAUGUUUAGUAUAUUAAAAGGCAGCCGUUGGAAUCAAAUAAAUUCUAAAGUAAGAAUCACAUUUGAGAUUUUUUACAACUUCGUCUGUAUUUAUGAGUUAAAGCUGUACAGUUAAUAAGCAUUGUUAAUUAAACAAGUUUUCUAAAUCAAA